AUGGAAACUGUAAUAGAAUCACGUCGGGUUAAGGUGUAUCAGCUUAAUAAGGAUAGCGAAUGGAUAGAUAAAGGGACCGGUAUUUGCUCUUGUUUACGCAACGGUACAAUGGAUGAUGCCCUCAUAGUUGUCCAGUCAGAAGAAGACUCGUCCUCUAUCUUACUGGAAUCUCAUAUAUUGCAAGACACGGAUUAUCAAAAACAACAAGACACAUUGAUAGUCUGGACAGAGCCGAAUGGUACAGAUUUGGCCUUAAGCUUUCAGGAAGCUGAAGGUUGCACGGAGAUAUGCACUUUUGUAAGUGAGAUCAAGUCUAAUAUGUUAUCAGAAAAAGCAAAGGGAAAACGAAGGGCUUCUUCCCCUCUCCCAGAGAGAGAGCCACGAAGCAUGGCUAUUAUGCUCCCUGAUCCAACUUUGGCAAAUUUACCAGAAAUUGAGCGGGUAGUUAAAAAGGCUACACGUUCAAUUUACGAGCGAGAAAAACUUGCUUUGUAUGUAACGCAGGAAUAUGUAGAUAAGCUUCUUCCAUUGCUUGAAACUUGUGAAGAUCUUGAACAAGUACAAGAUCUUUAUAGAUUAUGUAACAUUAUGAAAGGAUUCAUAAUGUUGCAAGAUAAUGACAUGAUACGGUACAUGCUCCGUGAUGAUGUUAUUCUUGAUGUCGUGGGUUGUCUAGAGUACGAUCCAGAUUUCCCAAAGCAUAAGGCCAACCAUCGGGAAUUUUUGACCAAAAACUCAAGAUUCAAAGAGGUGGAUAUCAUUUUGGCGAAAAUUCACGAAACAUUUCGUUUGCAAUAUCUCAAAGAUGCGGUUUUUGCUAGAAUGAUGGACGAUCCCACAAAUUCUGUGCUUUCAUCGUUGAUUUUCAUUAACCAUGUCGAAAUCUGCAAGCACUUCACGCAAGACGAGAAAGUAUUAGAAGAAUUGUUCCAAAUCUUAGAACGUAAAGAGGAAUCUUUAGAACGAAAACGUGACGCCGUGUUGUUCACAUCACAACUAUGCACUAUAGCCAAGAAUAUACAUCUGUCUCAUAGAAAAGAUUUGCAUAAGGCAUUGGUUCGCCACGGAGCAUUGCGUGUUUUUGACUUUUCAUUGAGCAAUAUUGAUAAGACCAUCAAAGCGGCUGGUGGUGAUAUACUGGCAAAUAUCCUUGAAACCGAUGCAAACCUUGUUCGCACUUACAAUGUUGUUCAACAUGAAUGUGGACAAAAAACUUUGGUUGAAACUAUCAUCAAUUGUCUUUUAAAAGAUAAAGACUGUUUUACCAAAGGUCAAUAUGCGGAAGCAAUCCGAAUGCUAUUGGAUUUAAAUGCUACUCCAUUUGAUCUUAGUAUAACUACUGCUGAAAGUUCACAAGCAAGGAAGGACAAUGAGGAAUUCAUCAGUUUUUUCUAUAAACAUCUCAUUAAAAAUUUAGUCAACCCGAUAAUGGAAUUUCCGGAAAUUACGGAUGAAGAGAUUCUUUGGUUAUCAUAUGAUAAGGCUACUUUAGCCUUCCAUAUUUGUGAAAUCUUAUCGUUUCUUGUCAAACAGCAUACUUAUCGAAGCAAAUACUUCUUACUUUCAAGUGAAAUAAGCUUAAAGGUAGUUGAAUUUCUUAGAUGUCGUGAAGGAACCGUUAAACUAGCUGCACUGAGAUAUAUUCGUGCUUGCAUAGGAACGAAGGAUGAAAUGCUCUACAGUCACUUCAUUAACAAAGGAAAAGAUAUAUUUGACUACGUAGUUCGUGCCUUAUUAGAUACCAAUGGGAAGGAUAAUCUCAUCAAUUCGGCCUGUCUUGAAUUCUUCGAGUUUAUUCGUAAAGAAAAUAUCAAGUUUCUCAUAAAUCACAUCUGGGAAAAGUACGGGGAUAAGCUUUCUAAUAUUGAUUAUGUCGAUUGUUUCAAACAAUUCAAACUCCGUUACGAGCAGAUCAAUGAAGUAAUCCAACAUAUACAAGCGGAACCCGGUCUAAGCCAAAUUACACCUCGUAGAUCUGGUAAUGACGGAUGGGAAACUAAUUAUAUGGAUAUUGAUGAGGAAAACUAUUUCAACACAUCUGAUGAUGAAGACGAUAAUGUCGUUCCCGAAUAA